AUGGCUACAACCGUGACCCCAACCACCGGAUCUCCAUGCGGCGCGUGCAAAUUUCUCCGUCGGAAGUGUGCCUCCGACUGUGUUUUCGCACCAUAUUUCUGCUCCGAUCAAGGCCCGGCUCGGUUCGCCGCCAUCCACAAGGUGUUCGGUGCCAGCAAUGUCUCAAAGCUUCUUAUGAGAGUUCCUCCAGCCGAAAGGUAUGAAACCGUCGUCACCAUUGCUUAUGAAGCUCAGGCCCGCAUCCAAGAUCCCGUCUAUGGUUGCGUAGGACAUGUCUUUGCCUUGCAACAACAGGUGGCUUAUUUACAAGCUCAAAUAAUGCAAUUCAAGGCUCAGAUGUUACAAAAUAUAGAGAACAAUCAUGAUCAGCAAAUUUAUCAGUGGCAAGCUAAGGAUGAUGAUGAUCAUAUGGUGGGAAUUCAAUCUCAUUUUCAAGGUGAUUCUUAUCAAACUACUAAUGGAGGAAAUAUCAAUUCAUUCUCAUCACAUGAUCAAUCGAUGAGUAAUGAUUCAAUGGAGUCCCUUGAUGGAAUUUAUGGAAUGCACGAAAUACAAAGUAAUAGGUCGGAUUGUUAUGAAAGGAAAUUCUGCGGAAAUAUGAGUGAGCUUCAAGCUCUUGCCAUUAGAAUGAUGAGGAAUUAA